CGCCACACCGUCUUGUGUGCUCCAGCAACGCAUAAAGGCCUUUCGCACAGUGCGCAGUGCUCAUUAUCCUUUCGAUGAUCCGCGUCUCGGUUGAUGGGAUCACCGAGGACGUAUAAAAUGCCCCCGUAAACGCGCCGGUUUCUGGUGAUCUCCCAGGGAUCAGUCCCCCAAGUACUACUUUCCCUUCGGCAGUCCGUCCCUAUCGCGUCGCUGCGCAUCCAUAAUGCAGAUUCAAGUGCUGAGCGACUUGCACUUGGAGGUUGAACGCGUCGGUGCACCUCGCGGUGAAGAGUUCUACACCUACGAUAUCCCCGUGUGCGCCGAGCACUUGGCGUUGCUUGGGGACAUCGGAUGGACAAUACAGGACGAACUAUUUGACUGGCUGAAGAUACAGCUCAAGCUGUUCAAGACAGUGUUCUUCCUGUCAGGCAACCACGAGCCGUACCGGUCCACUAUCGCAGAAUCAGAGGCUCGUUUGAAGGCCUUCGCAGCAGAAGUAAAGGCAGACGUUUCCGUACCCGGAAAAUUUGUAUACCUGAACCGGACGCGCUACGACGUCUCGCCGACGCUCACUAUCCUUGGCUGCACGCUCUGGACGGCGCUCAACCCCGAAGAGCUCGACAUCCUCUCGUGGGCACUGACGGACUUUCGCCGCAUCGACGGCUUCGACCCCUCUGCAUUCACAGCGCAGCAUCAAGGCGACCUUGCCUGGCUGAACGCCACAGUCCAAGAGAUCGCUUCUUCCGACCCCGAGCGCAAAAUCAUCGUCUUCACACACCACGCGCCGACCAUCAGUGGCACGAGCGACCCGAAAUUCGAGGGCCAGCCAAUGAGCUCGGCGUUCUCGACGGAGCUCACCGGCGAGGUGUGCUGGAACGCGAGCGCGAUGAAGCUGUGGGCUUUCGGGCACACGCACUGGUCGUGCGACUUUGAGAGGAACGGGAUUCGCGUGUAUAGUAACCAACGCGGGUAUGGGAAGGGCGGGGAGGGCUAUGACCCAUCGAAGGUCGUUAUGAUCCCCUGAGCAUCGAAGAAAUUAAGAUCGUGGAAGGAGCGUUUGAUACUUCGGAACAGCGCGACGCGACUGACAAAGUAUUUAGCAGACUUUUCUGUAGGCAGAGCUACACUCACAGAUGCAACACAUUUGGCUUCCCUGUGGCGCAGAUUUCAGAAUAGCCGAUCGACUGGUGUACUUAAGAGGAUGCUCGGACAUCUCGGAGGC